AGCAGCGGGGCGGGGGCCGGGACCGGGAGCGCGCGGGGGAGGUGUCUGCUCCCGGGGACUGAGGCGGCGCCGUCGGCGACAUCUUGCUCAGGAGGAAAGCGCCGGGGAGACCGGGUGGCUGGGAGCUGCUGCGCCCGGAGGACGGGAAGGGAGACGCAGGCCAGCCCGGCGCGGCACCCCGGAGGCGGCGGCGGCGGCGCGCACUCCAGCCGGCGGCAGGCACCAUGGCCCCGGGGAGCGGGGUGAAGAGCGAGUACAUGAAGCGCUACCGGGAACCGCGCUGGGACGAGUACGGGCCGUGCUACCGCGAGCUGCUGCACUACCGCCUGGGCCGCCGGCUGCUGGAGCAGGCGCACGCGCCUUGGCUCUGGGACGACUGGGGCCCGGCCGGAGCCUCGGACGACUCGGCGUCGUCCGCGUCGUCGUCGGGAGCCGGGGACCCCGCGCCCCAGGGCGCCCCCGCCUCGCCGCCCGCGGAGCCCGCGGCGCGGGAGAGGCCGGAACGGCGGGCGCGCGGGCCGGCGGAGGAGCUGGGCGUGGAGGCGGCGGAGGCCGAGGAGGCCCGGGACGCGGAGGGCGCGGACGAGGCGGCGGCGGCGGCGCUGCCAGCCCCGCCAGUGAAAGAUAUCAAAGAAAAACCUGAACAAGAGAUCAGAACAAAAGAGACUGAGAAGUUACCUAACAGUACUGAACCUCGACAGCAACCAAGUGCCUUAUUUGCCAGAGGAAAUAGGAAAGCAGUCAAAAGUCCUCAAAGAUCAUUGAGUAGAAUAAAAGAGAACAAGCAUCCGUUUGCCCUUUACGGGUGGGGAGAAAAGCAGACGGAUACAGGAAGCCAGAAAACUCACAAUGUCUGCGCGUCCGCUCCGGUCCAUGAGAUUCAUGAGUCAGCAUUGCGCGCCAAGAACAGAAGACAGGUGGAAAAGCGGAAACUGGUCACUCAGAGGCAGCGCGCCCACUCCGUGGAGGUGGAGAAGAACCGGAGGAUAAAGCCUCCGCCCUCGGAGAACCCGUGGGUGACGGAGUACAUGAGAUGCUACUCAGCACGGGCCUGAAGGCAGGAACGGCUGCCGGGACAGCCUCUUCGAAAAAGAGUCAGCGGAAGAAAGAAG